AUAGUAUAAUGUGAUAGAUUGAUAGUAGUGGACAAAUUCUUUUAUAAACUUGUCAUUUAUUUGUGUAAAUUCAGUGAGAUAAAUAAGAAUAAUGUCGUAUUUAACGAGAAAGGAAAUCGACGAGAUGAAGCCGCAGAUCGAGAAAGCGGUGCACAAAUUUCUCGGGUUUAGCGAACCAGCAAUCGUUACAACUGCUGUGAAUUGUAUCACUUCUGGCUAUGAUAAACGUAAAACAGCAGAUAAAUUAUCAGCGUUGUUAGAAGACAUGAAGGCUACAAAAUUAACGGAAAAAAUAUUCACAAUAUACGAUGAUACUAAGGCAGCGCAAAAAAGUAAGAAGCGGUCUCAUCCUGAAGAUAAGGAUAAAGACAAAGACGCAAAGAAAUCUAGAUUCAGGGACGAUGAGGCAAAAACCGAGAAACCCAUAGAGACACAACUCUCUGCAGAUAAGAUAAGGCAAAUGAUGGCUAACGCACAAAAAGAAAUUGAAGAAAGGAAAAGAGCUUUGAAAGCAAUAAAGCAAGAAGACGCUUCAGCAAAACCCUUGUUUAAGGGUCGUGAUGCAUUGCCGACAGUAGGAAGCAUGUACAAUCAGGGCCUAUUAAGCAAGACGGAUUCGGAUAAAGCGCGGAAGAUAGCUGCGCUGCAAGCGCAGAUAAGAAAUAAACUGAACUCAGGAUUACUUGGUAACGUCAACGUACCGGACAAGCCGACUCCCUUAAUUCUGGACGAGUCUGGGAGAACGGUGGACAUAACGGGGAAGGAAGUGCAACUUACUCAAGUAGUGCCUACACUGAAAGCCAAUAUACGCGCGAAGAAGAGGGAGGAGUUCAAGGCUCAGCUGCAAGAGUCAAAGGGCCCUGAGGAGAUACAGGACACCCACUUCUUCGACACGAGAAUAGGAGUGAAGCCAUCGAUGCGCGGCAAGCGUUCGCUGAAGUUUCACGAACCGGGGAAAUUCCAGCAGCUAGCUGAGAGAAUGCGCAUGAAGAUGCAGUUAGAGAAAUUGCAAAAUGAGAUUAGUCAAAUCGCUAGGAAAACCGGAAUUAGUUCGGCGACCAAGUUAGCUCUGAUUGCGCCUAAGACGGAGGCUCUCUCGGAGGACGUGCCUAACAUAGAGUGGUGGGAUUCUGUCAUAUUGACGGGCGGAUAUGUGAACGAAACUGAAUCCACGGCAAUUAAGAGUUCGACCAUUACCAAUCUAGUGGAGCACCCAACGCAAAUACGGCCGCCGACGGAUCCCCUGAAGCCAAUAUACAUGCCUGUGUUUCUCACGAAGAAAGAGCGUAAGAAAUUGAGGAGGCAGAACAGGCGGGAGACGUGGAAGGAAGAGCAGGAGAAGAUCCGAUUAGGCCUGGAGCCUCCACCGGAGCCAAAAUUGCGGAUCUCGAAUCUGAUGCGAGUUUUGGGGACCGAGGCGGUGCAGGAUCCUACGAAAAUCGAAGCUCACGUUCGACAGCAAAUGGCUAAGAGAUUGAAGGCCCACGAGGACGCGAAUGCGGCACGGAGACUCACUGCCGAUCAGCGUCGCGAGAAGAAGGCGAGGAAACUCAAGGAAGACACCAGUCUUGGCGUACACGUUUCUGUUUACAGAAUACGUGAUCUCAUCAACAAUGCUUCGAAAAAGUUCAAAGUAGAGACGAACGCGAAGCAACUUUACCUUACCGGUUGCGUGAUGUUGUUCCGGGACUGUAACGUUGUCGUGGUGGAAGGUGGGACGAAACAGUUGGCCAAAUACAAACGACUGAUGAUGCAUCGCAUUAAAUGGGAGGAGGACAUAGUGAAGGACAAUGACGGGAACAAUGUGUCGAACAAGUGCGUUCUCGUUUGGGAGGGAACAACCAAGCAGCGUCAUUUCGGGGAGAUUAAGUUCAAAGUGUGCCCGAUCGAGAAAAUGGCCCGGGAGCACUUCAAGAAGCAUCAGGUGGAACAUUAUUGGGACCUCGCUUACAGUGGCGCGGUGCUCGAUAACACGGAUGAUGUACGCUCCUAAGAUGUAAUCAUGUAAAAAGAAAUUUAAGCAUACAAUUAUAGUUAUUGUGACGACAAGAUUACAAGUAAUUUCUGUACACUUGAUAAGAUUAUACGCUUCAGGAACAAAGAAGAUAUAUAAUGGGUAACACACAUAGAAAAGUAACACGUGAAUAAAUGUAUAAUAUGUUCAUUGCUUCC